UCUCUCUCUCUCUCUCUCUCUAUUAUAUGUGUUUCUAUCAUCAACCAGCUCCAUAACACUAUUCUUUAAACACAAUCCUCCUCAACGUCUCCCUCUAUAUAUAAUUCCAGUAGUUUGCUCCCAAAUCUCUAUUUCUCACUCAAUCCUCCACAUCCCUUCUCUCUCUCUCUCUCUCUCUCUCUCUCUCUCUCUCUCUCUCUCUCUUCAAACCAAAGAAGACCUUUUCUCAGAAUAAGGAUAUUACCAUAAAAAAUAUGUCCAACUCCAUGAAUCCCUCUGCUCCAGAAACCACUCUUUCCUCCCCAUUGUUAUCUUCUUCUACAUCAAGCACUAGCACCACAACCAGUGACACCGACGAAAGCCCCCCAUCAUCAUACCGAUUCGAACUCCAAAAUCUAAAGUACCAAAUUUCAAACUCACCCAAUUGUGGGUUCAACUCGUAUCGAUCUUUGGCAGUCCUUUCAGGCCAUAUCGGUGCUGUUUCUUGCUUGGCCUUGUGUGGCGAGUUCAUUCUCAGCGCUUCGCAAGGCAAGGACAUCAUCGUUUGGCAACAGCCUGAUCUAAAGCAGUUCACAAAAUUCGGACAAGGCGAUGGAUCGGUCAAAGCCCUUGUCACAAUUGGAAACAAGGUGUUCACAGCACACCAAGAUAGUAGAAUAAGGGUGUGGAAAGUAUCAAGAAGGUCUGAAAAUGUUUUUAGGCUUGUUGAUUCACUUCCCACCACAAAGGACUACUUGGGGAAAUUCAUGAAGCAGAGCAAUUAUGUGCAAACAAGAAGGCAUCACAAGCGCUUGUGGAUCGAGCAUGCAGAUUCUAUUUCUUGUCUGGCGGUGUACAACGGGCUGGUUUAUUCAGGUUCCUGGGAUAAGACCUUAAAAGUGUGGAGGAUUUCUGAUUUGAAGUGUUUGGAGUCGAUUAAGGCUCACGAUGAUGCGAUAAAUGGGUUGGUUGCGAGCAAGGGGAUAGUGUAUUCUGCUUCUGCUGAUGGGAAAAUCAAGGCAUGGGGAAAGGGAAACGAGGGGAAAACAAACUCCCCCCAUUCACUAAAAGGAAUCUUGGAAGGUCACAAGGAUGUCUCAUUGAAUUCCGUGAUCACGACCGAGGAUGGGAAAUGGGUUUACGGAGGGAGCUCAGAUGGGUUUGUGAUGGGGUGGUUGGGAGAUGAGGGAUUUGACAGUUGGAAGAUUGUUUGCGAAGUGAAAGUCCAUCAAAUGGCAGUUUUGUGUAUGUGCCUAGUGGGGGAUUAUUUGUGCAGCGGUUCGGCUGAUAAGACCAUCGGUAUAUGGAGGAGAGAGGGUUGCGGUGGGAUAUGCAGAGUUGGGGUUAUUAGAGGACAUGAGGGACCAGUGAAGUGUUUGCAAGCAUCAGGUAAUAGUGUUGGAGGUGGGUUUAUGCUCUAUAGUGGAAGCCUUGACAAGAGUCUAAGAGUUUGGUGGGUUCCCAAAGACUCAAGCAAAACAGUGGAAGAAGAAGCCUCCCCAUUGCAAAGUACAGAGAAAAAUGCUAUGGUAGUGUGUUAGGAAGUUCUAGAAUUUGUGAGUGAUGAAGCAUUGGACCCUUUUUUGAGUGUUUCCAGUGCUUCACAAAUCUGGGGCUUUUAGUCUUGUUUAUGGUCAUAAGGACAUUUAUGAGUUUCUAUUAGGCUUGAGUAAAAGGGGAGAGGGAAAAUGGAAGCCAUUUCUCUAUCUUGAACUUGGUUUUGCAAGAUUUGCGUAUGGUUGUAUACUUAGUUUUGUGAUCAGUUAAAAGGUUUUGGGUAAAGCUUAUUACAGAAUGUGUGAUUUUCUUCCAUAUGUUUUCUUUUCUUUGUGAUUGAUUUGGAAUUGUAAUUAAGAAUUUGAGUGAUUCAAUCAAAUAAUGAUAUUCUUUGACAGUUGGGCAUUUGACA